GAGAAGCAUUUUUCUCAGUUUAAUUUUUGUAUAAAUGUAUGCAAGCUAGCUAAGAGUUGUUGUAUAAUUUCAUUUCAGUUCUGUGCUUCUGCGCUGUCCACUCAUUUCUUUAUAUAUAUAUUUUUUAUCUGGUUGUCUCCUUCCUCCUUCGACAUUUCUCCAGAAGAACAACCAACCAAACAGGGAGAAAGAGAGUGACAGCUUUUUAUUUUUUUUUAUUUUUCCUUUUAAACACUUUUCUUUCCUUAUUUUUCUGUGUUAACAUUAAAUUCCUCUGAAAAUUUUCCCUCCCAGCGUUUAGUAACGUUUUCAUCACCGAUUUCAGUUUAUUUCUCUGCAUUUCGGGUCUGCGAUGAAGAUCUAAAAUCCCCAAUCCUUCGUUUCAAAGUUUUUCUUUUUCCCUACGGCAAUUUUUGUGGCCACCGACACUUUCAGUUCCCGCCGAUAUUAUCUAGGAUUCAAGAUUGAUUUUUUUUUUUUUUUUGGGUUAAGAUUCUUUUCCUCUUUUAUAGUCAUUCUUACCUUAAUAUAGUCUAGUACUGCUGCUAAAGGUGGAAACUUUGAAAGUAAUCUUCUGUUUCUCAAUCUCUGUAGCGUGCAAAAUAGAGAAAAAGGACAGAGAAACUAGUGUGCCUAUAGCACUUUCGUAGUCGUUUGUACUCGCUGAGUUUUCGGAUUUAGCUUCGGGUUUGUCGGAUUCGAGCAAGAGGUCAAUUAUCUGAUCUGAGUUUAGCUUGCUGUUUUCAACGUCAGCAGCAUUUGAAUCACAGAUACCUCAGCAACAUGAUGCGAAUGAAGACUAAACCCACCACCACCGUUCGCCCUCCGUCGCAAAUGACGAACGGAGGCUCUCGUGUUGCCGCCGCCGGCGACAAUGAUUGGGAGAUGAGACCUUGCGGAAUGCUGGUCCAGAAACGAAAUCCUGAUUCACAUAACCAUCCUCCUCCUCCUCCCACUAUUCGUGUACGGGUCAAAUAUGGGUCAAUCUACCAUGAAAUCAAUAUCAACUCUCAAGCUACCUUCGGGGAGCUGAAGAAAAUGUUAACAGGGCCAACAGGGUUGCACCAUCAAGAUCAGAAAUUGUUGUUCAAAGAUAAGGAGAGGGAUUCUAAUGCAUUUCUUGAUGUUUGCGGCGUGAAAGAUAAGUCUAAGGUUGUGCUGGUUGAAGACCCAAUCAGCCAAGAGAAGAGGUAUCUAGAGAUGAGAAAGAAUGCGAAGAUGGAGAAGGCUGCAAAAUCUGUAUCAGAGAUCAGCUUGGAGGUUGAUAGGCUUGGUGGCCAGGUUUCUGCGUUAGAAUCUGUAAUCUCAAGAGGUGGGAAAGUUGAGGAAAAGACACUAAUAAAUUUGAUCGAGCUCUUGAUGAAUCAACUCCUUAAACUGGAUGGUAUUGUUGCUGAAGGUGAUGUCAAAUUGCAGAGGAAAAUGCAGGUAAAAAGAGUUCAAAAGUAUGUAGAAACUCUUGAUGUGCUGAAAAUCAACAACUCAAGGCUGACUAGUAAUGGGAAUCACACUCCUAAACAGAAUGCUUCAUCUCCACCCCAUCAAUAUGGCUAUUCAGACAACCAAAUUUCAUCACGGAUUCAACAGCAGCAGCAAGGCAGGCAUUCACUUGGGAGCUCAGCUUCAGAAACUGGACAACAGGCACCGGGGAUGGGGAGGCACUCGGCCUCGUCCUCGGGGCCUUUUGUGAUAAGUACACAGUGGGAAACAUUUGAUUCUUCUUCGGCUCCGGGGGCAGCACAGCUUGUCCCAGUUUCAACACCCACAACUACAUCAAACAACACAGCACAUCCAGGAUUCACUUGGAACUUGCUUUGAUUGAUCUGAGACCUACAAUUCAGGAAUAUAUGUUUGUCAUUGCCAUUGCAUAUGUCUCUCGCUUUCUCAUAUAUAUAUGUUGGAUGGGCUUGGUGGUGUCUACUAGUACCUAGUCUCCAUUCUUUAAUUUUGUGUAUUUAGAGUUUUUUAAUUUGUUAGGGUCUAUCACUCCUCUAUCCCUUUAAUUAGAUGUCUGUCAUUCACUCAAAUAAUAUAUAUAUAUAUAUAUAUAUAUAUAAUUCGGCUACAACAACAUUAUAUAUAGGCAGGCCGGAUUAUUUUAUUUUAUUUUUGAAACUUAUAGGCAGGAUUAUUAUGAUCCACACAUUGGAUUAUAUAUAUUUGUUCUUUGUUA